AUGGAGCACAACAGUUACGAUGAGCGAAUAGGACCGCUUCCCGGGGGUAAUCGCCGGGGCGCGCCUGGAGCUGGGGCUGGGCGUGGCAGUAUGCGGGCCCCCAGCCGCGGCAGACUGGCCCGACCAUCCGGCCAGUCUACUCACGAUCCACCACCACCAGUUGGCAUGGUAUCGGCAGGGGCUGGGGCAACUCGGUCCCAGCAAUCGGUACCCGCCUCUGGUGGAGUACGGCGCCGCAUGGCAUGGACGAUUGAUAUGAAUAAAAAUGCCAUGCGGGCCUAUUUUAGGGCCUCAGGUUCGGGAACCGGACGGACAGGUUACCGAGCAGUAAUGUACCGCGAAUUUCUUCGGCUGGAGCCAACUUUGACCGUCACAGAACAAAACCUGGCGGACCGAGUUCGGUACCUACAGCGCUCAGGACUUUUUAGCGCUGCCGAACUCGAGCAAUUACGAUGCGAGGCUGUUCCUCCACUGGAAGAAGAGCCACCCAGGCUGGAGCGCUCUCCUGUUCUCAGCAGGGAAGUUCACAGGGAACCUAGUGCUCAGCAGCCGGAUACGGGUGGUACUGAAAGUGAUUGGGGAACAGCCGCCCUGGAUUUGGAAGCGUUGAGGAGUAGUCUGGAGGAGACGAUUCUGGAAUAUCGCCACGUGCCUCUUGAGCGAAGGCCACGGCUGCCUCGAGUGCCUCUCAGUAUCAAGGUUCGGGAUGCCGUUGGGGCCAUUAACAACAUGCUUCCCUCAUUUUUAGAGGAAAGCGUAGGCCUUUGGGAGACAGACUCAAUUCUCUUCGCUGCCGCAAUGACUGUGUGUCAAUUUGUCGGCGUCAGGAUGCCGCCAACAAGACCCGGCGGUAACCACCAGGUUGGCAGCACUACUCCUAGGACUAGUACUAAGCCAGCCUGGAUGAGGCGAAUUGAGGGUCGUAUAGCAUGGGCCAGGGUCCUCAUCGGCAAACUGACUAGCUUCAGAUCAGGCGUCACAAGGCCGAGAGUGAUGCGCUUUGUCCGAGAAGCAUUCCCCGGUGAGAACAUUUUUGUAGACUCACCGGAGUUUGCACGAAAACUGACAGGGCGCAUCGAUGAUCUGAAGCAGAAGAUAGCUGCUUGGGGCAAGCGGAUUCGGCGAUAUUCCGAAAGGGUGAAGAGGUAUCGGCAGAAUCGUCUCUUCAUGAGUGACCAAAAGAAGUUUUAUAGGACACUGGAGCGUCCUGAUGUGGUCUUGACGGGUGAGCGUCCGGACAAAGCAGAAGUGGUCGCCUUUUGGCGAAGGCUUUGGUCGCAGCCCGUCGAUCACGAAGAGGGUCCAUAG